UAUGAGGCUAAACGAAGGGUGUGGCACAGUCACUGGCAAGCGGCUUCACCUUAUCCAACCAAACCCCCUAAACCCUGCCAUCCAUGGUGUCAAAGUCGAUACACAAACCCAGGAUUCAACCAUCUUAAUGUUGGUAACCCAAACAGCAUUUCCCAUCACAGUCACCCUCAUCCGCUAAUGGAACUCUCUUCCUCCUUUCUACUCUCCCCAAAACCAUGCUCAUCCCCGCCACCUAACUUCUCUUUCUCAUCCUCCCUCUCCCCAUUUCCAAUUCAACUCUUGAUCAGAAACGGAAACUCCAAAUUCCCCCAAACCCCCCCUUUCCGAAUUAUCGCGGUGGCCUUGGAGCCGCAACAGGACUUCCCCAGCGGGAACAGUCCCCAGCGUCUCCUCAAGGAACUCGCCGAACGCAAGAAAGCAACUUCCCCAAAGAAGGGUCCCCCAAGGAGGUUCAUUCUAAGGCCCCCAAUAGACGAUAACAAAUUAGCAGAAAGGUUUCUCAACAGCCCACAACUUUCUCUCAAAUCGUUCCCUUUAUUAAGUUCGUGCUUGCCUUCGUCGCGCCUCAACAAUGCGGAUAAAUUGUGGAUUGACGAGUACUUGCUCGAAGCGAAGCAAGCUCUGGGAUACUCUCUGGAACCCUCGGAGACGCUCGGGGAUGAUAAUGAUAACCCCGCGAAGCAGUUCGACACGCUGCUGUACUUGGCGUUCCAGCACCCGUCGUGCGAGAGGACGAAGGCCAGGCACGUGCGGUCCGGGCAUUCGAGGUUGUCUUUUCUGGGACAGUACGUGCUCGAGUUGGCGCUGACGGAGUUUUUCUUGCAGAGGUAUCCGAGGGAGUCGCCGGGCCCAAUGAGGGAGAGAGUGUUUGGGUUGAUAGGGAAGAGGAACUUGCCUAAGUGGAUUAAAGCCGCUAGCUUGCACAAUUUGGUAUUUACGUUUGAUGAUAUGGAUAAGAUAAGGAGGACGGAGAAGGAAGGUCCUGUCAAGUCAGUAUUUUGGGCUUUGUUUGGGGCUAUCUAUCUUUGUUUUGGUAUGCCAGAAGUGUAUCGUGUUCUUUUUGAAGUCUUCGGAAUGGAUCCAGAUGCCGAAGAUUGCCAACCCAAAUUGCGUAGACAACUUGAAGAUGUGGAUUUUGUAUCUGCUGAGUUUGAAGGCAAGCUAAGCUGGCAAGAUAUCGUUGCAUAUAAGCCUCCUGCAGAUGCUCUGUUUGAACACCCAAGGCUAUUCAGAGCUUGUGUUCCCCCAGGAAUGCAUCGGUUUAGGGGCAAUAUAUGGGAUUAUGAUACAAGACCCCAUGUUAUGAAAACACUUGGAUAUCCAUUGGAAAUGGCAGACAGAAUCCCAGAAAUUACUGAAGCCAGGAACAUAGAGCUUGGACUUGGAUUGCAGCUUUGUUUCAUGCAUCCAUCGAAGUACAAAUUUGAGCAUCCUCGAUUUUGCUAUGAGAGAUUAGAAUACGUUGGCCAAAAGAUACAGGAUUUGGUGAUGGCUGAAAGAUUAUUGAUGAAGCAUUUAGAUGCUCCGGGGUUAUGGCUACAAGAGAGGCACCGUCAUCUUCUUAUGAACAAGUAUUGUGGAAGAUAUUUGAGGGCCAAACAUCUCCACCGGGUUAUUAUAUUUGAUGAUAAGGUUCAAGACACUUAUGAGCAUAACCGGAGAAAGAGAAACCCAGCCACAACAGCUGUUCAACAAGCUCUUCAUGGGCUUUCGUAUCUUGUUUAUGGGAAGCGUGAUGUGAGGCGUCUGAUGUUUGAGGUUUUUGACUUUGAGCAGAUCCAGCCUAAAGAAGUAGUCUAAAUAUAGAGACAAAAGUGACAAUAAUAAAAGCUCUUUUGUUUUUCCUUUAUUAUUUACCUCUUGUUUUCCUUUUCUAUCCCCUUGAUUUGAGCUUUUUUCAUAUUAUGAUUUGAUCUGCCUAGUUGUAGGUGAAUUGCGGAUUCUUCUUUAGAACUUGAGCUUGUAUAUAAUCGUUGUAUUUAUUUUUUUCGGAUAUUGCACGCCCUAGACAAGUAGAUAACCCAACGUACAAAGAUGAGGAUACAUAUGACUUGUUCUACUUGUUGGUUCUGACUAUGGACGUUGGUAUUGGUAUGGUUAUUGGUGAAUUAAACUCAACAUUUUCACUACACAAAUGAGAAUAUAGUUGGGAUUUUGUACU